UCACUUUCUCCGCUUCCACAACACUGCUACAGUACUACUACUACUCCGCUGUGACAAAUAAGGGUAAUUUGGAAAACUGGGGCUCGAUGGGAGAAGGAAUUGAUAAGAACCCUUGCUUGACAAUGCACCAGCCAUGGGCAUCUCUUCUUGUUUAUGGAAUCAAACGAAUUGAAGGAAGAUCAUGGCCUGCUCCUAUUAGAGGUAGGCUUUGGAUUCAUGCCGCUGGUAAAGUUCCGGAACCAGAAACAAUAAAGGCAAUGGAAGAUUUUUACAGGGCAAUUUAUGCAGUAAAUGGGAUAACCGACCUUAAGUUUCCAGAGUCUUAUCCAGUUUCUCAACUUUUAGGAUGUGUUGAUGUGGUUGGCUGUGUUAAAUGUCAAGAGCUAGUUUGCUGGGACGAGAUACCUGAAGGGGUUAGAUUGGAAGGACUAACAAACUUUUGCUGGCUUUGUGAACACCCACAGAGAUUGGUAGUACCAUUUGAGAUGCGUGGAUAUCAGCGCAUCUAUAACCUGGAAAAGAAGAUACACGAAGCAGCAGUUAGAGGUCUUCGCCCAGUGGAGUGUCCACUACCUGUGAAAUUUCCACUUCCGAAUCCACAAGAUUCUUUUUCUUUGAAGCCGGGAUCACUUGUUUGUCAAUUAUCCAGCAAAAGAACAUCUGAGAUAGAUAAAACACCCACUCUCAAUGCUGCAAUUGCUGGUGCACGUGCUGCAGCCACUCAAUACUCAAAAAAGGACUCAAAUUACCGAAUAGCGUUGAUGAAAAAGGAUGUGAACGAUUUAGCACAAACAAGUAACUCGAAGGACAAAUCUGAGACAGCAGAUGUUUCUCUCGGGAGACCUCCUCAAAUGGAUUAGCUGCCGCCGGCUCAUCGGAAUGACUUGAACUAGCUGUGUGCAUAUUAAGGUUCCUAUGUUUUAAACCACUUUCUGGAUUACCUGGCUUUAUGUGGAGCUAGACGGUGACGUAGAUUAAUCCUUUUAACCAGUGUGAAAGUAUCACAUUUCAGAGGAAGUAGUUGUGGUAAGUAAUCUUUAUGUUCCUUAUUUCCUGAUAUUUACUGGAACACAAAUGUAACUAACUAGAGUUCUGCAUGGACGUUAUAGGAGCUCGAUAUGUAUUUACUAUGUCUGUUCGAUAUUAUCUGAAAUGGUAAAAACUUUUCUUCAGCAAUUAAAUCUGAAUCAAUUCUUUAUAGUUA